GAGACGUGUGUGUGUGUGUGUGUGUGUGAUUGUCAGUGUGUUGAGGAUGAAAUGCGCCUUUUACGCACUGAAAUGACGCUCAGUGGGAAGGCGGCUCGGUUAGAAACAGACUCUCUGCCUUAACACUGCCUUUAAACUUUAAACCCAUGCUGGCUUUCUGAAACCCGGCGCACUCGGACUCGGACCCGGACUCCUCGGUCUCACACGCCGGAGCGGACACGUCCCCGAUCCAAUGCGCGUUUCGUUACUGCGCGUCCAGGCCCGCACGCCAACACGUUCACAUGGCCUCGAGAGAAGUGCCUGUGGUGGGGAGCCGUGGAGCGCCGGGGUGCUGGAGGAACAGGAGGAGGCGCCCGGAGCGCUCGGUGUGGAGCCGCCGGUGUGUGCAGUGCGUCGGGAUCAUCACCACCCUGCUUCUCCUCCUGCAGCCUGCGUCCGCCAGACACGAUGAAGGCAAGAUCGAACCAUCAAAGCGCUCUGCUACAUCGCCAAGUCCCACUUGGUCUUCAAACGUUUCCUCGUCUCUGUUUCCGCUAAAAGAAGAUGAAGAUUCUGUCCUGCAAUCUCACUCUGCACCAGCAGAGGCAGUGUCAAGCACCAGAGAGCAGGCUGUCUUUUCCUCCGUGCUGACAGUGAGGGCCAACUCGGACUCGCUGGUGCAGUAUCCCGCCUCUCCUCAUUCAAACGCUUACAAUCUUACCAAUCACAAAAUCCAGGAGGAUCCACCGGCUAAAGCUCCACAAGCCCCAACCAAGAGUGUGCUAAGCACCGUGUCAGAAGAGACUCCAUCUACUAGCCCAGGGCUUCCCACAGCACCCGGUCCCACUAACUUAACAGUAGAGGAGACAGAACCUUCUCGCACAGAUCAUGUGACCAGCCCAUCCUCCACCUCCACCGAGCUAUCCAAUGGUACUUCUCCAGGGACAGAAAAAUUUGGAAACACCUCAGUCAGCCCUCCAAACCCUGAUACUGUGACCAGUGACAACCUCCAGCUCACCACGGUGACCACCACAACGACCACGCCCUUAACUGUGACUGACAUGACUGUGACUCUGCCCAGUACGAAUCCCUUGACGACUGAGGUUCUUACCACAAAAGCUCCAACCACGACCACUGCCGAAACCACAACCGUUGCGACGAUGCCUUCGACAACACCGACAACUACAACUACUACAACAACAACAACAACUACUACUACUACUACUACGACCACACCACCGACAACGACUGCUUUGCCAACUACAACAACUCAAAGCUCCACUGUAGCUACACCUAAAACCACAACUACUGAGCAGAGCACUACCACUGAGAGUUCACCUCCAUCAUGCAACAUCACAGAGAGGCUGUUGGUCCGAACAGUUCUGUCUAUCCAGAUGAAGAGGAAUUAUUUGGAGAGUGGACUGAGGCAGAGCUUGGUGAAAGGUCUGACCCUGGCACUACAGAAGGCCUUUAAUGACUCAAACAUUCGCAUCCAGCUGGAGCGUGAUGUGUGCACACCCUCCAACGUCACCCUGGGAUAUUACGUCAUGAGCGAGAAAACAGUGUUUGUGGCAGCAGCAGUGGUGGAGACUCUGACCUCCUAUGGCUUUGAUAAGCUCCUGAGUGACCUCAGACAGCACGCACCCGUGGUGUUGGCCGUCCCCAUCCCUGUAGCUUCCUGGCAGUCUGCUCCGGGCAUCCAUCUGCAACUCAAAACGGUUCUCAGGUUUGUGAAUCCGACAGACAACAUCAAGUCGUGUGGGUUCAUCCAGGUCAUGGAGCAGCGUUUAAUGAAUGUGUUCUCAGAAGCUCAGGAGAAAGUGGAAGACUUCUAUGGAAAUCUUUCAGUUGAGAUUUUAAACACCUAUCAGACAGGAAACUCUCUGGCCGUAUCCUUGGUGUAUGUGGUGUGGAACGGCAGCGUGGCGCUGAACGGCACCGUGGCGAGCGCGCUAAUUAACCAGCUGAGUGCGGAGCUGGUCGGAUAUUUCCUCUUCUUCCCCCCCAUGAUCAUUGCUGAGCCGCUCGAGUACCACAACCUGAACACCUCAGUGGCCACGAGGGAAUACUGGGUAAUAACAGUAAUUCAAGAUGUCGACAGUUCCUCGCUGGAAGGCAGUUAUCAGAGCUUUGCUAGUCUGAUGGAGCAGCGUUUAGCAGAGCUCUUUCUUGUCGUUGGCCGUCACGGCCUCAGGAUCAAACGAGCCACCACCGUCAGUAGAUACACGGUGCAGAUGGUUUCUAUCCGGCGCCUACCCGGACCUAAGAACCCAGCCGAGAUGACCUACUACGUCCAGGUGGAUGGAGCUCCAAUAGCUGGCACAUCUGCAGCCAAAACCCUAAACAUGGUCGACUCCCAGACCAUGGCCCUCACACUGGGUUACUUCGUCCAGGUUCAAGCAGAGCCUGUAGUGAAGAGUGUACCCAGCAACCUCUGGAUCCUGGCUGUUUUGACGCCGGUGUCGUUGGUGAUUGUCGUGAUUGUCAUGGCGGUCGCGAUAAUAUGCAGGAGAAACCGCAACGUCUUCAAGAGCAGCGCGUUCCGUGGGUUCCAUCCACGCACCAAGACCUCGUAUCGGAGAGACGGGAGUUACCACCACCAGCCGGUGCAGGGUUUUGACUAUGCCAAACAGCACAUGGGCCAACAGGGUGAAGAGACACUUGCUGUCACUAAAGAGACCCUCGUCCUGUCUCUCCCUGUCCGAGACGCUCCACUAACACAGGACAAAGGCGUCCUACAGGAUGGGACGGCCUCCAAAAGACCGCAGUCUACAGACAUCCACCGCAGCAAAUUGCCGAGCGAGGACGGCUCGGUUUCCAGCAACGGCUCGGCGAAGCUGAACACUGGCAGGAGCUCGUCUGCGCACAGAAAUACAGGUCAGAAAGCAGCAAAGGAGGAGACGCAUACGAGGACUGAGCAUUAUGACUCUCUGACUGGCUCACUGAGGCUCAUCAGCAUCAAGCCUAUGGCUGCUCCACUUAACUUCUCAUACCCUGACUCCUCGAACCAUAGCCAAGACUCUGUCAUACUCAACGGAGAGGUAAACAUGGGCUUGAAACAGAAGUCAGACAUCGAGCACUACAGAAACAAACUGCGUCUGAAGGCGAAGAGAAAAGGCUACAGCGACGGGCCGAAUAGCAGCGGAGGACACCGACACAGCCAUCGAGACAGACUGAGACGUGAAAACGCUUCGUUAGACCUGGAGGACACUCGGGGACCUGCGGAGGACAGAAAUCCGUCCACUUACGUCAAAUACCGCAGGAGUGAGAGUCAGAGGGAACCAGCGUACUGGAGCAGGCAGUCUUUAAACACGCCGAGUCCUGUGGAGACUGAGCUGGAUCUGUUGGUGAUGAGGGAACGCGCCAGGAGGGGCAUCCGCAACAGCGGCUAUGACGCUGAGCCAGAACCUUUUGAAGAGACGGACGUGGACCGCCUCAUGAGCUCCCUGGGUUUUGGAGGCAGUCACCACGUUAAAGGUCACUCGGACUCGUCCACUCUCAGCUCUCAGCCCUCCAUCGACGAGGUUCGGCAGCAGAUGCACCUCCUGCUGGAUAAUGCAUUCGGUCUGGCUUCGGCCGAGCCGUCUGGGCGCGGCCACCCCCAGCACCACUCCCGGCACGGCCCCCACCCGCCAUACCCCCCUCCUCAGAGCGGUCCCUAUGCUGACGGCGUGACUAGUGCCCCUGGCACUAUGGACCACCCGGCUGGAGCGCUGCAGCGUGGGCCGUCUUUCGAGCCUGAAAUGCACCAAUGUAGUCUCCCCAAGCCUGGCUUCAGGUUCACGCAGCUACCCGACAUGGGUCUGGGCUCGCCUCCACCUCUCAUAUCAGCUCGAACAGGAGCACCACCUGGAGCGCCAGUACGGCGAUCGACACCGGACAUGAGUCUGAAGCCGCGUGUCUCUGAGGCUUCAGAGAUGAAUCAGCACAACGGCGCCCCCUAUCUGCCAAUUAAUCGAGCUCCUUUCCCAGCUGUCACAGUCGAUCAGUCCAUGUCGAGCUACUCAGGAAACCCAAUGACAGCCGUUUAUGCCAUAUCAGCCAACCGGCCCGGCUACUCCGACUACUUUGUCCUGUCACCUCCGUCAUCAUACCGCAGCCCCUCAUGGAUGUCAUACCCUCCAGAGCCGGAUGAUCUCCCACGCCAGUGGGGUGACACGAACCCAUGUCAUUUGGAGACCAUCUGCUGAGCUGAAUGGGCUGACUGGACACAGCAGUGCUCCUGGGGUUUUGUACAGUAACAAAAGAAACACCUUGAUCACCACAGCAGCCCAAACCCGUCCUGGUUCCAUGGCCUGCAGGGCCGCUCGAGCUGAGCGGGUCCAAAACACCCAAAAAGGCCCAGAAGCCCUGAAAGGCACGAGACCAGGCCCAUCAGUCACUCCACCACUCACCAGUGCUUUCACUGGAGGCUCCUUCCUCAGCCUCCCUCUCUGACACAACACCAUUAUGACCGGCCCAGUGGCCAGAAGUUUUCUUGAAGCUUUUUUUGAUCUCCUCACGGACAUGGUACUGGUGGGGUGUUUUAUCUAUGUGUGUGUGUGCGCACACGUGUGUGUGUGUGUGCACCUGUCUUUUAAACAUCAGCAUAGAAAACUUUCUUUCAUCUCGAGCGGACCUCUCUGUGUCUUUUGCUCUUAUUUUUACCGAGAGGCAGGCCUAUCGCAGGUGAUUCUUUCAUGCUCUCUAUGUAUGGCUUAUGUAAAAAAGACCUUGGUGUAAAAGAGACUGAGCAGAAAUCUGCAACUUAAAAUGACUUGUUGUACUGUAUGUAACUGUAGUCAUAAUGUGAGUCUUUUUUUUUCUCCUCAGCCGCUUAUGAAAUAGUGCGUUCGUUUGCGUCGCCUUUUGCUUCUUUCAUAUAAUGUCGAAUGACGUUAAUCGGCUCGCGAGAAACUUGAAGCAAAUGAUGUCCCAGUGUGUGGCGUGUCGUAGGACACAAACCGACGAUCCCAAGCAUUUAGCAUUAAAUAUUAAAUAGAAAACCAGUAGUGGAUUGUUUUAUGGCUAGAAUGUCAUUAGAAUUUACAUAUAUUCCUAGUCACUAUAUCACUUUGAGUUUUAUAGCAAGUACACUAUCACUAAAACAACAUAUCUAUUUUAUUGCCUUAUUUUUGAUAGCUAUUUAAAUUUCUAUAUGAAAUGAUAUCACAGUCUAGAACAUUUAUCUGCUGGAGUGCGCAGGAUAUGCCAAAAAUAUGAAUUAAUGUGGAAAAAGUAAAUAAAUAUUAAAAAUUUAUUAUUAUGCAAACUGAAAUUCCACUUUAACUCAACUGAAACAUUUUUAUAAUAUUUAUGACCGCAUCAGUCAAAAAAGUUGGAAC